CACGUCUUCGCGGUUAUCACCAAUGUGGUGGACAUACGUAGUAGAUCGUAGUACAAAAUCAUUCAUAUGAUUAAAUAUAUUAUCUCGUAGCCCUUAAUGCUACUACGAUUUAGCUAAGGACAAUCUGUGACCAUUGAGUCACAGAAAUUAUAAAUAUCGCAGCACCCGGCACACGCCGUCAUUCACCUUCGGACAAGCACCGCGCGCACCGCAUUUACCUUGUGUUAUUAACAUAAAUAUUAAUCUCUAAAACAAUGAAAUACUUUAUUGUUUUCUUAUCUAUGUGCAUGUUAUCAGCCGCAGCAAACCUACGCGAGAGGCGGGAUAACUAUCCUAAUGGCUCCGCAAUUAUUUGUGCUCCACAAACCCCUUGCGGUUGGAAAGUAUACAACCCAGUGACUAAGAUGAUAGAGGUCACAGUUAUUAACAAAUAUUGUAUAUGCCGUGAAGGUUUGUCUUGCACAAUUGCGACGGAUAUCCAAGAUUCUAGUACGUACCAGAUGAAUUGCCAGGAUCCAGUACCUGAAGUUGAGGGGGCGAAUGAAGAGACUGGUGAUGAAUAGAGUUGUUUUAUAACACCCCUGAGCCAAGACAAAAGUCAUCGCAAACGUGACUCGCUUUCGUCGGUCAAUUUUUAAAGUAAUUAGUCAAUACCAUCACGACAGUUUACAUCGCGACAGCGAGUAACGCGACCAAAUUUUAGACUUGGCUAUCAUUUUAUAAAUAUAAUCUGUACUAUUAGAUAUGACAUUUAGAUAUUUGCCGCCUGUGGUCAUUAGUAUGUAGGUAUGACACGAUUAAGACGUCAAAUUUGGAAACAGAAGUGAUGUAUUUGCUUUAUUAAUUAAAUAUGGUUUAAUGCCAGUAAAAUUUAAUAGUUUUUGUCUUUAUUUUAUUUUUAAAUUCAAUGUAAAAAGUAGUAUUUUUUUGGAAUCUUGAUCACUUCUGUUUUUAAAUAACGUUUUGUGGAUUUGUAGCGUCGUUUUGAGAUGGUCGUCUUCUUACAUUCAUGAUUCCGAUAAGCAUUUUUUGACAAGAAUGAAUUAUUUUUUGAUAUUUGACAUUUUAUUCAAGUACACAGAGAUCCUAGAUUUUCAUACAUUUUACAAUAUAUAUGUUAACAGUUUUUAUCUGACAUAUCGACAUAAAUAGUUAGUUUAGUGUGUUAUCAACUAAGAAGACACCAUGACCUUUAAGUUAGUAUUUCAUGUAACCUGUACAAGUACUUAUUAGUUCUUAAUUAUUGUGUGUGAGGUCCUUAUUCCAGAAAGAUUUAAUAUGGGCCUAUACAAAAAACAUUACAACAGGUAUGGCGCACUAUCGCCAAUUUUAUUUGUAUGGAAUUGUCACGAUCAAGUGGUUCACGCUUGUUGUGUGUCUAAUUCGUACAACUUGCAAUGGCGGGCCAUGUCUGUGGUAAAUUAAUGAUGUCUUGGGCACCUAGUUGAAAUACUGUUGUAAUCUUUGGUGUAUGACUUGGAUACCUCAUGAUAUAGUCAUCAAAGAUAGGUUGGAAUAUGUGACAAGUGUAGUACUUAUUACCGAUUGUGUAUGAAUCUAUUUCACUUUUUAGAAAUUUCUAUGUUCUUUUUUAUGAUGAAAUACGAUGGUAAAUCAAAUAAUUAAAUAUUAAUUACUUACUACACAAGUAAGGACAGUUCAAAUUUAAAUAUUAGUAAUAAAUACAAUUAUAACUAAUUACAGUU